GUUUUAGAAAAGAAAAUCUACUUAGCGUCUUUAUAAUAACGAGAAAGGUAAGAGCUGCUGCAAUCUCAAUCUUCACAAAGUAAUUCAAUUAGGGUUCCAAGGAAUUCCGAAUCUCAUUUCUCAAAAGGGAAAAAGAAGAGAGAAAAAUGAGCACAUCGGAGCUGCCAAGGAAAGAAGCCAAUGUCCUAAAAGGCCACGAAGGUGCAGUUUUAGCGGCCAGAUUCAACAGCGAUGGCAAUUAUUGCCUCAGCUGCGGCAAAGACCGCACCAUCCGUCUUUGGAACCCCCACCGUGGCAUCCACAUCAAAACCUACAAAUCUCACGGCCGCGAAGUACGCGACGUCCAUGUCACCCUGGAUAACUCUAAGCUGUGUUCUUGUGGUGGAGACAGACAGAUUUUCUAUUGGGAUGUUUCCACCGGUCGUGUUAUUCGCAAGUUUCGUGGCCAUGACGGUGAGGUAAACGCGGUGAAGUUUAACGAGUAUGCAUCUGUGGUAGUAUCUGCUGGUUAUGAUAGAUCGUUGCGUGCUUGGGACUGUAGGUCUCACAGCACUGAACCCAUACAGAUAAUUGACUCGUUUUUGGACACUGUUAUGUCUGUAUGUUUAACCAAGACCGAAAUUAUUGGUGGGAGUGUUGAUGGAACUGUUCGAACAUUUGAUAUUCGUAUCGGUCGAGAAAUAUCAGAUGACUUAGGGCAACCUGUCAACUGUAUCUCAUUGUCAAAUGACAAUAACUGCAUAUUAGCUAAUUGCUUGGAUUCAACUUUACGACUUUUAGAUAGGUCCACAGGUGAACUAUUGCAAGAAUAUAAAGGACAUGCUUGCAAGUCCUACAAAAUGGAUUGCUGCCUAACCAACAGUGAUGCGCAUGUAACUGGUGGAUCUGAGGAUGGCUCGAUUUUCUUCUGGGAUUUAGUAGAUGCAUCUGUGGUUUCAAAAUUUCGAGCUCAUUCAUCAGUGGUAACAAGUGUGAGUUACCACCCGAAAGACAACUGUAUGAUAACCUCCUCCGUGGAUGGCACUGUUCGAGUUUGGAAAACAUGAGGUUAUGAACAAUCAAGCUUGUCACUUCUUAUUGCAUCCUAAUUGCAAGAACUAUGGAGGUUUGGGACCUGACAUUUAGCUUAGUUUGCUCUGUAAAUUGUUGUUAAAUGAUGGAACCAUAUAUUUUUCCAUAUCAAUACCCCAAUGCACUUCUUUGGUUUGUGAGAAUUCUCAUGUCAUCACAUCUUUGUUUAGAACUCUUGGUUUCACAUUUCCCCUCUUUUAAUUUUUCGGGACCUGGUUUUUUUGAGAGAUUUUGAGGCAGCAAGAGAAUGUGGUUUUCGCUCUGCGUUUCUUUCAUUGGCUGUGGUCGGAAUACGAGUUUUCUCCGGACUUUGAGUUGCAUAUCAGAAAGAAUUUUUUUUCAUCAGACCAAUUUUGAACCCAAGCCAGGUUCUUUAGAACGCUACUUAAGAUGUCUUUGUGAAAACAAAUCAGUUGAAGAAGGUGUAGAUGUGUUCUCCAUCUUGACUGAGAUUGGUUAUUGUCCAUCAAUAGAGACGUGGAAUUUAGCAUUAUUGGCUUGUCUUAAGGUUGGUAGGAAUGAUCUUAUGUGGAAAUUAUAUCAGGAUAUGGUAGAACCUGGUGUUGGGGUCGAUAUUGAUGUUGUGACUGUUGGGUGUUUGAUUCAAGCCUUUUGCAUUGAUGGGGAAGUUUCGAAAGGCUAGGAGCAUCUUCUGCCGAUAGGUUGAUGCCGGAUAUGUUGCAGAGGGAAUGGAACGGUUCAGAGAGACGCUGAAGAAUCAACUCAAACUGCGACACGGUACUUUCGAGAAACUGAUUUGAUCUCUCAGAAAGUGAUAGGUUCCAUGAUUCUUUACUUUUAAAUUUUAUGCUUAGAUUAGGAUAUGCACUUAAAACAAACAUAUGCCAUUCUAUUGUUAACAAGUUUUGUCAAAUGAAUGCUCAUCUUGUUGGAAUCA